UCAAGAACUAAUUAAUUUAAAUUAAUAUUUUUAAUAUGCAAGAAUCGGAAGAAAGAAUAUUAUGGAGUCUUUUUCUUUCCCCUCUUGAAGGUCGAACCAAUUCCGUCCGGGUUCCUUCUUGCUUACUCUUGAGCAACGAUGGCUAGCGAGGGCGUGAAAAGCGAGAUGUCGAACUCCAGAGGGGGUGCGGAGGAGGGAGGGACGGUGGCUGCGAGAUCGUCGGUGUGGGAGUCGAUCCGGGGGUGCGGGAUCUCCGGGAUGAGGAUCGACAAGGAGGAGCUGAGGCGGAGGAUCUUGAUGCCGGCGUACCUCCGGUUGGCGAUGUCGUCGGCCAUCCGGGCCCGGGACGCGGACGCCGGCGCCGAGGCGGCGUUGAAGGACGGGGCGGAGGGCCGCGGGGGCGGCCCGGAGGUUGACGAGAUGCCGGAGGCGCCCAUGGUGGUGUUCGUGAACUCCCGCAGCGGCGGCCGCCACGGACCGCAGCUUAAGCUCCGGCUUCAGGAGCUCAUCAGCGAGGAACAGGUCUUUGAUCUUUCAGUUACACAGCCUCCACAGUUCGUUCGGUAUGGUUUGACUUGCUUGGAGAACUUGGCUAAUCUUGGUGAUGAUUGUGCAAAGGCCGUUCGUGAAAAUUUAAGAAUUAUGGUUGCAGGAGGUGAUGGAACAGUAGGUUGGGUAUUGGGAAGCCUGGGAGAACUUUUUGUGCAGAAAAGAGAGCCAGUUCCUCCAACUGGCAUUAUUCCACUUGGAACGGGGAAUGAUCUUUCAAGAAGUUUUGGUUGGGGUGGUUCAUUUCCUUUUGCAUGGAGGUCAGCAGUGAAACGAUCUCUUCUUAAGGCAGUUUCAAAUCCUAUUCAGCACCUUGAUAGUUGGCAUGUUACGAUCAUGAUGCAAGAAACAGGAUUAGAACUGCCAUAUUCUCUUAAGCCUUUGCAGGACUAUGAUCUUACUCAGGAUGUGGACAUACAAAGAGAAUUGCCAGAAAGCGUUUCUUGCUUUGGAGGAGUCUUCUACAACUACCUUAGCAUUGGAAUGGAUGCUCAAGUUGCAUAUGGAUUCCACCAUCUACGUAACAAAAAGCCAUACCUUGCACAGGGUCCAAUUUCAAAUAAAUUAAUUUAUGCUGGAUAUGGCUGCACACAAGGGUGGUUUUUUACACCGUGCAUGAAAACUCCAGGGCUAAGAGGACUUAAAAACAUUUUAGCUCUUUAUAUUAAAAAAGUCAACAGCAAAGAAUGGGAGAAAAUUCCAGUUCCUUCAAGCGUUAGGGCAAUUGUUCUUCUAAAUCUUGACAGUUAUGGAGGUGGAAGACAUCCAUGGGGACGGCCUAUGCCUGAAUAUCUAGAGAAGAGAAAGUUUUUUGAGGCUCGUGCGGAUGAUGGGAUGCUUGAGAUAUUUGGGUUAAAACAAGGAUGGCAUGCUUCAUUUGUUAUGGUAGAACUUAUUUCAGCCAAACACAUUGCUCAGGCGGCUGCUGUUAAGUUGGAACUACGGGGCGGUCAGUGGAACAAAGCUUACAUGCAAAUGGAUGGAGAGCCAUGGAAACAAUCCAUCGAGAGGGAGCAGUCGACCUUCGUGAAGAUAGAGAGGGUUGCCUUUCAAUCGCGCAUGAUAAGUGGGAAGUGAGUUUGGAAACCCACGAGGCACAAUUCUGUACAACCCGUUAAUUUCAUGUUUGUAAAAACAGUUGAAACAAUAUUUUCAAUUCCGUGUCUACAGCCUAUUUACUUAUAUCGAGGAAGUUGAUUGUGAAA